CUUUGACUUUAUUCAAAUUCCUUAUUGGUUGAUAUUUCUGCCAGAGGGCAAUGGUUGAGUUCCUGAACUGGGCAAAGGUUGAUGCAGGUCUGUCCUACACCUGGUUGCUCCUGACAAAUUGAUGCCAUUCAGCUGUUUGAGCAGAGAAGCAAAUAGAAGAUGAGUGCCAAGGAAAGUACAGUUAUGAGUGACAGUAUCCCGUCCCAAGAAGAAAAGCCUGUGUUGGAGGCAACAGAAAGAAAGAACCACUCCACCAUUGUCCUCAAUGGCAAAGUGGACACAUCCGACCUCAGUCCAGAGGCAGUUUCAGAGAGCCAAGGACCUUCAAGUCGCUCUGAACGAUUGGCCAAGCUUCCCAGAUCUCAGGAGGUGAAGGAAACUAUUAAAGAACUCUCACCAGAGACAAAGCCAGUUCUGCUGCCACUAAAUAUUCCAACAACUCUGGCCCCUGCUGAGCAGCUAUGGAGCUCCAGGAGAGAUCAGGCAGUGAGGCUGAGGAUGGAGGGCUCAGGUCCGGGCUCAGAAACUCCAAUCACCAUCCAUCAGAUGUUUCUGGAGACGGUGGAAAGGUGUGGGGAUCUGCCAGCUUUGGUUUCCAAAAAAGAUGGCCAGUUGGUAACUCUGACUUGGAGGCAGUACUAUGAGCAGUGUCGUGCAGCGGCUAAAAGUUUCAUCAAGCUGGGGCUGAAGCGUUUCCAUGGCGUCGGUAUUCUUGGAUUCAACUCUCCUGAGUGGUUCAUCUCAGACAUUGGCUGCAUCUUUGCCGGGGGCCUGGCAGUUGGCAUUUACACAACCAACUCCCCAGAGGCUUGCCAGUAUGUGGCUGCCAACUGUGAAGCCAACGUUCUGAUUGUGGAGAACCAAAAACAGCUCGACAAAAUCCUGCAGGUUAAGGAUCAACUGCCCCAUCUGAAAGCCAUUGUUCAGUAUAAAGGCGAGCUGCAGCAGAAAGAACCGUUCCUGUAUACAUGGGAGGAGUUUAUGAAGCUUGGAGAGGAGGAGUCCGAUGAAGAACUGAAUGCCAUAAUUGACAGUCUUCGGGCCAAUGAGUGCUGCACCCUCAUCUAUACCUCAGGAACUACUGGCAACCCUAAAGGAGUUAUGCUUAGCCAUGACAAUCUCACAUGGACAGCCCAUACAGCAGCUAAUUUGAUGAACGCGAGCUACGGUGUGGAAGUUCUGGUCAGUUACCUGCCGCUUAGCCAUGUGGCAGCUCAAAUGGUUGACAUGUGGAUUUGCAUGAGUUUUGCAGGAACCACCUACUUUGCAGAACCAGAUGCCCUGAAAGGCUCCUUAGUAAACACACUGAAAGAUGCCCGUCCAACGCUUUUCUUGGGGGUUCCACGAGUGUGGGAGAAAAUGCAGGAGAGUAUGAGAGCUGCAGGUGCCAAGGCACCCCUACUGAGGAAGAGAGUGGCAGACUGGGCAAAGUCCAUUGGCCUGCAAUAUAGCUAUAGUGCCAUGAACGGGGAGAAUGCAGUGCCGUGGGGUUUCAUGCUGGCUAACAAUCUGGUCUUUAAGAAGGUGCGUGCUGCUCUGGGUUUAGACCGCUGCAGGUUCUGCUGCACAGGAGCUGCCCCCAUCACCAAAGAAACUCUGGAUUACUUCAUGAGCUUGAACAUCCCUGUGAAGGAGCUUUACGGCAUGAGUGAAAGCUCAGGCCCACACACAGUCUCCAUCAACGAGUAUCGUAUCACAAGCUGUGGAAAGGUGAUGCCAGGCUGCAAAACAAACCUGGUGAAUCAAGAUGAGGAAGGUAAUGGAGAAAUCUGUUUCUGGGGUCGCCACGUUUUUAUGGGCUAUCUGAACAUGCCGGACAAAACUUCGGAGGCUCUCGAUCAGAAAGGAUGGCUGCACUCUGGAGACCUGGGAAAACACGAUAAGCAAGAUUUCCUGUACAUUACAGGAAGGAUUAAAGAACUGAUUAUCACUGCCGGCGGUGAGAACAUCCCUCCUGUGCCCAUCGAGGAUGCAGUGAAGAAUGAGCUACCCAUCAUUAGCAACGCCAUGCUUAUCGGAGACAAGCUCAAGUUCCUCUCCAUGCUGCUCACAUUAAAGUGUGUAAUGGACGACAAUGGCGAUCCUACAGAUGAACUGAGUCCUGAGGCUUUGAACUUCUGCCAGCAGCACGGCAUUAGGGCAACCAAGGUGUCAGAGAUCAUAGCCAAUAAGGAGCCGGCUAUCUACAAGGCCAUUCAAGAGGGAAUGGAGCGCGUUAAUGCCAAAUCAAGAUCCAAUGCCCAGAAGGUCCAGAAGUGGGUCAUACUGGAGCAAGACUUCUCUGUCAGUGGAGGGGAACUGGGACCCACCUUGAAAUUAAGGAGGCCCAUUGUUGUGAAGAUGUACCAGGAGAAAAUAAACGAAAUGUAUGAAGCGGUAGAAAGGCAGUAGACUUGGGAUGGACAGGGAUGGACAUGGGAAAUGUGGCCAGAAAAGAUCAACAUAGAACUGCUGAAGAUUCUGGUUGUUUUGUAUUUAACAGAAUGGAGUUUUGCCAGAAGAAGUGGAGACUCCUAUUGUUUGAUUUUUAAGCUGUUAAAUUAAGUUUCACUUUCUGACAGAAAUCAUCUGAAUCAGAGUCAAAUUUGACCAUCUGAAACACAGGUGACAUCACUCAACUCCAAACAUGCCACACACACAGUGAGAAGCACUGGAUGCUGUCAGCUUACUAGGAAGUCAGUUUUACAUUUGAACAGGUUUUAAGGAGAAUUUUUUAAACCAAUCUACUAAUGAUCCAGUAAAGAUGCUUAAUGAGGAGAUACUUUUUUAUUUCUGGUGUAGCAGUAUCUAUUUAAAGGUUUUACAGCGCUAGGUUACAAGUUGUGUACAUGAGAAAAUCCUUAUCUUGAAAACUGGUAGUAGUUGUUUUUAUAAUGUAAAAAUAACAUCGGGUGUCUGUAUUUAGUUAAUCACUAUAUGUGCAAAUUGUAAAUCACACAUGAAUUUCUGCUUCUCUAUGUACAGUUUGACAGAUAAAGAAAAUAUUUAUUUUGUGAUAGAUUUUCCAUGAUUGUCAAUAUAAAAUUCAGGUGAUUUGGACAACAGAAUUAAAGACAUUUAAUUAUU